CAAUAUGUCCUACAGAUACGUUACAGAACUAACCACAGACCUUAUCACUUGGUAUGCAGCAGUUGUGGCAGUGACAGUAACCAAAAAGGGGACGUUUGUCAGAGAGGUGGUGACUGGAGAUAUCUUUUAGAAAUGAGGAAGUGGCAAUGGCAGCUGGGGACUAAAGCCACUGAAACUCCAAAUGAUUGUGUUAGUAUUUACUGUGCCCUUAAGAGAAGAGCUAGCUUGAUACUUUUACGCAGAUGGAUAGCAGGUGGAGUCUGCAGGAGUAAGGCAAGGCUUGAUGGGAAGACUGUAAUCAUAACAGGUGCAAACACAGGUAUCGGUAAAGAGACAGCACGGGAUCUGGCAGCACGAGGUGCCCGUGUGAUUUUUGCUUGUCGUGACACAAAAAGGGGAGAGGAUGCAGCUGCUGAAGUUAGAAAUUCAACUGGCAAUGGGAACAUUAUAGUAAAGAAGCUUGAUCUGGCAUCUUUGGCCUCGGUCAGGCAGUUUGCCAAGGAAAUCUGUGAGACUGAGCCACAUCUAGAUAUCUUAAUCAAUAAUGCAGGAGUACUGAUGGGUUCCAAAUCACAAAAGUCACAAACAGAGGAUGGUUUUGAAAUACAGUUUGGGGUUAAUCAUUUGGGUCAUUUUCUGCUCACCAACCUGCUGUUAGAUAAACUGAGGCACUCUGCUCCAAGCCGUAUCGUCACAGUAUCUAGUACUGCUCACGCUACAGGAAAAAUUCAGUUUGAAGACACCUUCUUAGUGAAGAAUUGCAGCAGUUUUGCAUGCUACAGUCAAAGCAAGCUGGCAAAUGUUCUGUUUACUAGGGAACUGGCAAAGAGGUUGAAGGGAAGUGGUGUUACUACAUACUGUCUUCAUCCAGGAGUGAUACGUACAGAAAUCAGCAGGCAUCUUUUUGUUAACUCUCCGAUUCUGAGGAUGUUCCUGACUUUGGUAUGCCAUUUCUUUCUCAAGACACCUGCUGAAGGAGCCCAGACAACCAUUUACUGUGCUGUGGCAGAGGAGCUACAGAACACCUCAGGACUCUACUACAGUGACUGUGCCCCCAAAGAGCCUGCAACUCAUGCAAAAGAUGAUGAGCUGGCCAGAAAACUGUGGGACCUCAGUGCCAAACUGGUGGGAAUGGAAUAAAACAAGACAAUUUUAAAGUGCUGUUCCACUGACACAAAGUUUAUUUUCAUUCAUGUUGAUCUUUGCAUUGGUUGGACAUUACUGUGACAGAAAAUAUGUCACACAUAAGCUGUAAGAAAUGAUAUCUUGCAUUUCCAUAUUUAUAGAAUUGUUUUUUUUUUUUAGUCAGAAAUAAAUCUGUGACUGGUUUUCAGGAUUUACUUUAUUUCCGUCUGUCACCAUUUCAUGAAAUGAAAACAAAUGUUGUUUGUUGUUCCUACAUUCAUUUAUCCCCAACACAUACACAUCCCAUUUAAUACAAUUUCCUAUUUUUUAUUUAUUGUUUCAUAUCUAUACUAUUCUGCAUAGACACUUUAAUAUUUUACAGUAGUAACCAACCGAUUACCAAAUCAGGCGUGUACAACUUUAACAAUAAGCACACCUGCAGUGUACCUGUGCAUGUGCCAUUCAGAACAAUUUUAUCUCACAAUAAUAGCGCCUGUAUGAUAAAUCAGAAUAGGAUGCAUGGAACCCAAAUAACUUGCAAGUGUGACAAAAACAGUAAUUUGUAGGUUGCUGUGUCUACUGGUACAUAUUUGAUUUUUUUCUCUAAUGUACAGUAGUUUUGAAGAAGACUAUAUUAACCUGGAGAGAGAGAGAGAGAAAGAGAGAAAGACAAAGAGACAGA